CAUCGAUGUUUUUCCACCUCUACCAGCGAGUCUGUGGAGACAGAAAAUUUAUGAAAAAAAACACACAAUGCAAAGUAAAUGACGUGAUUAAAAUAUAAAUGUAGAGUACUUAGUGCCCGUGAGCCGUAAAGUGUUAAACAUCGUGGAAGAGUGCGCGUGGAAUGGUGAAGGAGUUAAUUGCUGAAAUUCGCAUCGGCGAGUCACAAAUAAUAGCGGCCCCAGCAGCAGCAGCGAGUAGUAAACUAGCCAACGCCGACGAGUCUUUGGCCAAUGUGGUGCAGCACCCCGCUUCCCGUGAGCACCCCCUCCUCCACCCGCUAACGCGCAAAUAUAUGCGACGACAACUAGUUGUAGUGGGCAGCCUUUGUGGAAGCAGCAGGCGAAAAAUUGUGCAAACGCCAAACAAGGGAAGCGCAUAAAAGUUAAUUAGCAGUGCAAGCGAAGCUGCGUUGUGUGUUCAGGCACCCAUCCGAUCCAAGGCACAGCACAGCCUUUGCGGUAGUGAUGCAGCAGCAGCUGCGCCAACUAUCGAGAUUCUAGUUAUUGUUGUUGUGGUUUUUGCACCCAACACACGUAACUAGAGCACACAGGCAUACACAACACAUACAGACAACACACAUACACACACACACAAACAGAAUAGCUCUGUUUAGAGGGUAUCAUCCACUCCAAACUGCUGCUCAUCCGCGUCCAUUCAUUCACACACACAUACAACACACACGCACACACACACACAUCCAUAGGCAGUAGAUGCAGCAGCAAAAACAUUGGAAAUGAUUUGUAAACAAGACGUCCUGCUGUGGUUUGAGAAACUCGAGAGCUACAAUCGCAUUGAAACGAUGUACGCGCUGCUCACCGCCUGCCUGCCGUUCGAGCUACGCUUCCUGGGCACGUUGCUUGAGGAACAGGGCAGAUGCGAUUCGGAGACCCUACGCGGAAUGGAGCUGCGGGCCAACAAUCCUCAGGAGCUGGCCGCCGACAUGUUCACCUGCCAGAAGGGCGAUCCAACCGACAGGAAGAUUCGCCGCAAAAUGGCCCUCUACCUGGCCCUCAUCCGUGCCUGCAACCGGAACUGUGUGAGCGAGAUCUAUCGCACGCUCGAGUGCUGGGGAGAGUGUGACUUUGGGUGCAUCAAUGACCAAGACACGCUUCUAGAGCUUUUGCUCGUCUACACAAUGGCCGCCAUUCACCCAGUCUUCUCCAUGGACGAGCAGAAGAAGAUCUUUGGGAUACUGGGCAAGAUCAAGGAGAACAAGCUUGUGUCGGAAAACUUUCCUCAAGCGCAAAUGGAACAGCCACCGACACCGGCCCAUCCCCAUCCACCGCACCCGCACGCGCCGUCCCAGCAUGAUUUAAUAAUGCAACAACAACAGCAGCAGCAACAACAGCAGCAGCAGCAGCAGCAGCAGCAUGUGAUGCAUCAAAUACAGGCCCAGCAACAGGCACAUCAGCACCAGCACCAGCAGCAGCAUCCACAGAUGGUCCAGGUAGUGCAGACGCCGCAGGGCAAUAUACCAAUGAUAUUCCCCCAACAUUUUCAAAAGCUUGUGCCUGGGACGGAUGGAACACACCAGAUAAGCGUCGAUGGCGUGCCACACAUGAUGCAAUCGAAUAUCACCAUUCCAGCGGACACCAGUGCCAUACUCGGCCACCAGAACACGGCGUGGUCGUUGCGUCACUACGCACCACCGCAACAUCCACAGACUGCUGCUCCACAGCAGCAGCAGAACCUGGAUCAUCAUGUGCCUCCAGCCUCCAGUUCGCCGAUGCUGAGCCAGCAGUCGUCUCCGUCAAGCAGCCGCACGACGAGUCCUCAGCGCUCCAACGUUCCACUGCAGUCGCAGCAGAUGCGCAACCUGUCGCAACGUUUGGCCGGUCACAAGCAUCAUGCGGCGCGGCGUCCCUCAGCGGAAACCACGCCGCCGCCCUCUUCCAUUAGCGGGGAGCUGCAGCACGAGAGCAUCAACGAAGGCGGCAGCAGUAGUUCCAGUGGCACGAGUCUGCCCAGCCUGAUACGCAACGGUUUCCAGCGGCCCGCACAUCAUCAUCGAGUCAAGGCAAACGCCUACAUACCGCCCCAUCAGCAGCAGCAGCAGCAGCAGCAACAACAGCAGCAGCACUUUCAGAACAACGCUUACAUGAACAGCCUGAUGCAGAACAUGAGCAUGAAUGACGAUGGGAGUGGCUCCAUGACCAAGAGUGUUGCCACCACUGGAAGCGAAUCGGGCAGCUCGAAUGGCUCUUGCGGGGACAUAUCCCCGCCUGAGACACCAACGCCGCAUCCACUGCCAUUACACAGCACAGUCGGUAAUCCCGGCAUGGGCAUGGUCACGACUGUCGUGCACAGCGGCAUGGGAGGAGGCUACCAGCAGAAGCACCAUCUUACCUACAAGCAGCAGCAGCAGCAAAUGAGUCUGCAGCAGCGACUGAACGGACGCAAUGGGAUGGAGAAGAGCUACCAGCAGAUCUACACAACGGGAACACCAAGCAUUGUGAGCGAUGCCCAGACGAUGAGCAGCGGGAACAUGCAGCAGCAACAGCAGCAGCAGCAGCAGGCGUUGCUUAUCAGCCCGUCUUCGGUGAGCACUCCCACGACUACGGUCUUGCUGCAGCAACAGCCACAGCAGCAGCAGCCCCCACCACCCACAGCCUACAAUGCAGCCUCCUAUCCAUAUCAUACACGAGGACCCCCGCCGCAGCAGACGAUAUUCCAGGCGCAUAAUGCACCGCCACCGCCGCAAUCUGUUCGAGGCGGCUACCGGUUUCCCAUGGCUCCCGUUUCCCACAACGGUGAGCUCAUCUAUCCGGCGUUCCACACGAGCCUUGCCUUCCUGCCGGUACCCGGCACUGGUGGCACGCCCACAGCCGUCACGCCGCCCCAAUUGCAAAACACUGCCGCUGUGGUCAGCACAAAUGCUGUGGCGGUCCAGGCGCCUGCUCCCCAGCAGCAACAACUGCCGACCACGCCGCCCUACAGUGCGCUGACCGUUUGCCCCAUCACAGGGGUGGGCGGUGGCGGAGCACCGAAGAUAUCCUGCUACAAUUGCGGCUCCCAGACGCACAUUGGACGCGACUGUCAGGAGGCGUCUAUGGAGGAUGUGACUCGCAGUGCCAGCUACAAGCUGGACUACUCAGAGACUCAGAGUAUAGAAGCCAACUCCAUAGAUGAUCACAGCAACAAGGAUAUGGGUAGCAUUCAAAUGAAUAUGAAUUCGUCGGUGACAACGCCGACGGCGUCCACGGUGCUGUCUGCGGCGUCGGCGGCGGUAACGAGCAUCGGGAAAUAGCAAGGUGUGGGUAAAUCCAGAGUAAGCUUAAAGUCUAUAUAUACGGACCUAUAUGGAGGAGCAUAAUUACGUCUAUAUUAAUGUUUACACAUAAUCCUUAUCUACUUAUACUGAAAAUACCAUUUAUUAUGAUUGUGUAGUAGUGCGGAAAUCAAAUUUCUCGCCCUUACCACGUCUCCUAGUUUUUAUAAGAGCCUCUCAAUUCGCGUUAUGGAGAAUCGGAAUAGGAAUGCGGGUUAUGAAUAAUAGUCGCGCUGCCUAAACACUUGACAAACCCUUAUCCAGCCCCCUUCCCCCCUCAACACAUAAAAUAAUAAUUUAAACGCGCUCCACCCCAACACAUCCCAUACCCUUCCCUCCCACGCCACACACACACACACACAGAUAGACGAUAACGAAUUUUAGUCAUAUGCCACUUUGAAUAUUUCUAAUAUUAAGUUGAAUGUACAACAGCAAUAAGUAAACAAAAUAAUCCUAAUCUACGUUAUGCGGUUUGCAUUGCCGCAGCAAGGAAGGAUCGGAUCAUUCGGUAAACUCAAUCCACGGGCGAAUGUUACCAUUUAUCAAGAUAUCUAAAUAAGUUAAAGACACACACAUAUGUAUAUCGUAUAUCGGAAGCAGCCAUGCGAUUGCCGCAAUGAAACGUAACGUAGCACACUCUGACGUUCCGCAACCGAAAGCGAGUUAGCGCGAGUCUGGUAACGGGAAGCUGUAACGUGACAAUGGCAUACAGUAAAAAUAACUGUAAGAAGAAGAAGAGGAAAUAGAUACGAGAUACCGGUAAACAAAUAAGAAAUUUCGUAGCAUACAAAAUACUUAGCAAAUAUAACAAAAAAAAAAGAUUAUGUGUAUAAAACAAAACAAAUGAGCGUAGCAGCACAAUGUGCUUAGUUAACGUUUUUCGUAUUUCAAACCCAAUCCCACCCCACCCUUACACCCCUUCUUACAUUUUCAAAUUGUAGUUAUUCUAUUUAUUUUAAAGCUCCACCACUGUUAAAAAAUGCUUUUAGAAAUGUUUCCCCUAAUAUUUUUUUUUAUUUUAAAUACAUAGCUAUACACAUAAUAUAUAUACAAAUAUUAUUUUAAAGCAUACAAAUCCGUAUAUGAUACAAACUAAGUGGAUAGGGCGUAUAUUAAUGCUAAACACGCUAUCUAAAUAUUAUUUUAUGUACUCAAAACUUGACUUCCCCCCUUAAAGACGUGUGUGGGCAUCAUCUAUCGAGCCAUUGGCGAAGUUAUAGUACAGAA